UACUCAUGUCACAGUAGUUCGCAGCUGACAGAUUUUCUAACCUCAAUAGUCGUUAACUUUAGUUUAAUAUCUUGGUUCGUAGGGCAGAGCAACAUUUUUUUCUGCCAGAUUCUUCCGUUUUAUGCAAAAACGCAUCAAAUAAGCUCAAUUUCAUUAAUUUUGGUGAAGGAGAGAAAGGUUAAACUAAACAUUUAUCUAUAUUAUUAAUGAACAUUUAGAACACAAAUUAUUGGAAAAUGAAUAUAGAAAUAUUGAAUGAGCAUUUAGAGACUUUGGCCGGUCAUGUUUUUGAUAAUGACAAGCUGAUCACCUACAAAUGGUUAAGCAAAAAAUUACAUGUUCAUGUUAAUAUAGCAAAACAAAUCUUGUGGAAUUUUUAUCAAAAAUAUCGUAGUGGCAACAACAUAGAAUGCACGUAUUUAUUAAUAGGUCAACUAAGUGAAAAUGGAAUGCAUGUGGAAGUUGUUAGAUAUUCUGAUGUAUCUAAGGCUAAAGAAAAAUACAGUAAAAUUAUUUCGGAACACGUCUACAGUGUCCACAAGCCAAUCACAGAUCUGCAACUACUUGCUACUGCUGAUUCUGGUGAUGUCAAAUACAGUGCAAUAAAAUUUGAUACUAAAAUGCGAAGUGAUGAAGAAAUACAAUUAUUACGUUGGGGUACAGCUGCUAAAAAAGAUACAAUGGAAAACAUAUCAGAUUUUAAAUCUAUAGAUUCGAUAAAUCUAUCUAUGUUAGAAAAGAAUACUACCAAAAAAAUAUUACCACAAAGAAAUAAUUCGGUAAAAAAGGGAAGUUUGGAUAAUUUCUUUGGAAAGCUGACAUUUCCUUUAAAAUCUGCAGAAGUAACGUCAUCCGAAAAAAAAAAUAAUGCCAAAAAAGAGUUUAUUGAAGAAAAAAUAAUUGGAGAAAAUAAGAAUUUACUUGGAAAAAAGAGGAUCGGAAGCGAGGAAAUAGAUGAAAUUGCUAAGAAACAGAAGAAAACUAUUACACAGAAUUCUAAUAAUGAUUCAGAGAUUCAAAUUGGUGUAGAAAUGGAAGACUCUUUUCCCGAAAAAAAACUGAAAACUCUUGUGAAACCAAAGAAUCUUGUUUCGAAAAAUAAGAAAGAUAAAGAACAGACAAAAAAAGAGAAGAAAGAAGCAGCAAUAAUAGGUAUAUCUUCAAACAGAAAAGUGGAGCAAUGCGAAAUAGAGUAUCCGAAGUACCUAUCGAUGAUGGAAUAA